CCACCACACUGCGACCUCACCUGAUCACUCUCUUUCUCUCUCUCUCUCUCUCUCUCUCUCUGCUCAGACCAAAAGGCCGGCCGGCCAAAGAAACACGAACACGAACACCAACCCAGCUGAGCCAGAGAGCUCAGAGCCAGCGGGAGCUUGCUAGCAGCCAGUCAAAUGUACUUGUAGCUCUCGCACGUCCCGGUCAGCCAAUCGCCUGAGGACAGCGCCAUACUCGAGCUGCGGAGCUCAGCUGCCCGCUUGCUCAGGCUUGUUGUUUCUUCUUCUCCGAACAGCGGAAACGCGCGCGCGCUUUUGAGCAGUUGAGAGUUGGCGGUCGGCGUCGUCGUCGUUGUCGUCACCAUGUGCAACUCCGGCACCAAUUCCUCGCCGGCGCCGCCGGCGCCACCGCCGCCGCUCACCUCCUUCAAGAACUCCUCCCACCUCCUCCGCCUCGUGGACGAUGACGGCGACGACGGCCAUGCACUGCUGCUCUCCAAGGUGGCCGGCGAGGCGCAGGCGAUCGGGCGGGUGUCGGUGCCGAUGGCGGUGACGGGGCUGGUCAUGUACUCGCGGGCGCUCAUCUCGAUGCUGUUCCUUGGCCGGCUGGGGGAGCUGGCGCUCGCCGGAGGGUCGCUGGCGCUCGGCUUCGCCAACAUCACCGGCUACUCCGUGCUGUCGGGGCUGGCGCUCGGGAUGGAGCCCAUCUGCGGCCAGGCGUUCGGCGCGCGCCGCGGGAAGCUGCUGGCGCUGGCGCUCCACCGCACCGUGCUGCUGCUGCUCGCCGUCGCGCUGCCCAUCUCACUCCUGUGGGUCACCUCCACGGGGUACAUACUGAAGCAGCUCGGCCAGGACGAGGGCGUGGCGGACGCGGCGCAGACGUUCGCCGCGUACGCGUCGGCCGACCUGGCGGUGCUCGCCGUGCUGCACCCGCUGCGCGUCUACCUCCGGUCGCAGAACCUGACGCUGCCCAUCACCGCCUGCUCGCUCUUCUCCGUGCUGCUCCACGGGCCCAUCAACUACCUCCUGGUGGUGCGCCUCCGCAUGGGCGUCGCCGGCGUCGCGCUCGCCGUCGCGCUCACCGACCUCAACCUGCUCCUCGCGCUCCUCUGCUUCCUCGCCAUCUCCGGGGCCCACAGGGACUCGUGGGUGGGCCCCACCUCCGACUGCCUCCGCGGAUGGCCGGCGCUGCUCCGCCUCGCCGUGCCGACCGCCACGGCGGUGUGCCUCGAGUGGUGGUGGUACGAGCUCAUGAUCGUGCUGUCGGGCCUGCUCGCCAACCCGCGCGCCACCGUGGCGUCCAUGGGCAUCCUCAUCCAGGCCACGUCGCUCGUCUACGUGUUCCCUUCCUCCCUCGGCCAGGGCGCGUCCACGCGCGUCAGUCACCAGCUCGGCGCGGGCAGGCCCACUGGAGCGCGCCGCGCCGCCGGCGCCGCACUCUCCAUCGGCCUCGUCGUCGGCGCGGCGGCGGCCACCUUCAUGGUGUCGGUACGCAACCACUGGGGCCGCAUGUUCACGUCGGACCCCAACAUCCUCCGCCUCACGGCCGUGGCGCUCCCCAUCGCGGGGCUCUGCGAGCUCGGCAACUGCCCGCAGACGGCCGGGUGCGGCGUCCUCCGCGGCAGCGCCCGCCCCGCCAGCGGCGCCCGCAUCAACCUGGCGUCCUUCUACCUGGUAGGCAUGCCGGUCGGCGUGGCGCUGGCAUUCGGCGCGCGCCUCGGUUUCGCCGGCCUCUGGCUGGGUCUCCUCGCGGCGCAGGCCGCCUGCGCGGUCUGGAUGGCGCGCGCGGUGGCCGCGACCGACUGGGACGUCGAGGUGGCGCGUGCCAAGGAGCUGACCAAGGCGUCCACUACGUCCACCACCAACCACCAGCACGAGUGCAACACCACCGCCAGCGCAAAGGCUACCGCCAUUGCGGUUCACACCAAAACGACAACGUCUCCCGCCGCCAGUAACAUCAAUGCCGGUGGCGCCAGCAGUGACAUCCACGGUUACGUACCAAUCAGCGAGAGCGGCCACAACAACGACGGCAGCGACCUGGAGAAGCUGGAAGAAGGGCUCAUCACCACCACGAUCCCCGGCUAUAGCGGCGGCGGCGGCGUCGACACGAAUGCUAGGGACACGCCGCAGUGCAGCAACGGUGGUGCCGGUACGGCGGAGGGAAAUGCCUCCUCCUCCUCCUCCUCGGAGAGGGCCCCGCUCAUCAGUGAGGGGGACGACGAGGCGGGGGAGGAGCACGACGGCGACGGCGGUGGGGGUGGCCACAACGUCUAGCCUAGCCCCACUGUGGUCGCCCGCCGUCGAUUAAUUCAUCGUCCGAUUAAUUCUGCAGAUCAGGUUGAGGUUUUGAUCCCGCGUAGGGUGUUUGACUCCUUGAUGAUCGGUCUCCAUUUCAUCUUCUCCAUCUUGAUUUGGGGGUGAGGUUUUGUCUGUAUAACCAACCAGCUGAGAUAACCGAGAGUACUAAGCAAAAGAAAAAAAAGGGAAAAAAUCAUAUGAUAUAUAUUCUUUCCCUUUAUUCUCUUAAUUAUACUUCCAUGUACAAAUUAAUAUUAGCUAUUAGUUUGGGUGUAAGAGCAAAGCCCCUGUAAAUUAAAUCAAUUAAUUGAUGACGAUGAUGAUGAUGAUUAAAAAU